AUGCUCUGCCAGAAGGGCGACGAGACGCCCCACGAGGUCCUCUAUUUCCCGAUAACGGCCCUGGGCGAGCCCAUCCGCCUCGCCCUCGCCGUCGGCGGCUUCCCCUUCACGGACACGAACCCGCGCAACUGCGAGACCUUCCAGGAGCGCAAGAAGGAGCUGUCGCCGCUGGGCGAGGCGGGGCAGGUGCCCAUCCUCGUGCUCCCGGACGGGAAGACGAUGUGCCAGUGCCGCGCGAUCCUGCGGUACCUGGGCAAGGUCUGCAAGUUCGAGGGCGCGCCCCUCUACCCGACGGACCCCAUCGCCGCCUACGAGGCCGACGCGCUCAUCGAGCUCUGCGAGGACAUGCGCUCGCCGCUCGGGGCCACGUUCGCGAUCUCGGACCAGGCCGAGAAGGAGGCGGCCCGCGCGGCGCUCUGGGCCGAGGGCGGUAAGCAGAAGAAGUGGGCCGCGGCGCUCGACGCCACGCUCGCGAAGGAUCCGAUGAAAACGCUCACCAUCGGCAACAUCUACGCGUUCUGCAUCGUGAACAUGUUCCGGACGCCGACGUUUCUCGACGGCGUGCCGCCGGGCGUCUUCGACGAGCACCCGGCCAUCCAGAAGCACCACGACUGGGUCGCGAACCUCGCGCCCGUGCUCGAGUACUACAAGGAGAAGGACGGCAUCCGCGUCGCCUUCCAGCCCCUCCCGAAGCCCGAGCCCGAGCCCGCGGCGCCGUCGGCGCUCGAGGCGAGCCAGAUCGUCCGCCAGGAAGGCAAGAUCAAGCAGCUCGAGGAGGUGGGGGCGCCCGACGGGGCCAUCGACGCCGCCAAGGACAUCCUCAAGGCCAUGAAGGACAAGUACCAGGAGGUCCACGGCAAAGACUCUGGAACGAUGCUCCCGACGGCGCCGGACACGGACGCUGCCGCAUGCGAGGGCAGCGACGAGCGGAAGGAGGCGCCGGCGCCGGCCUGCAGCCCCGCCGCCGCCGCCGCGGCGCUCGGCGACCUCGGCGCCGCCGUCGAGGCGCACGCGGCGUCGGCGGCGUUCCUCGCGCGGCGCAUGCGAACCCUGGGCCGCCGCGGCGGCGCCUUCGGCGCAAUCCUCGACGCGCGCGGCGCCGACUGCGAGCGGUGGUCCGCGGCGCUCCUCCGCGACUUCCUGCCGGCCCUGGCGCUCGAGAAGCACGGCGUCGCCGCCGGCGCGCCGCCGGCGCGCGGCGACGACGCGCCGCGGCCCCGCGGCGACGACCCGCCGCGGCCCUGCGACGGCUCGCGGUUCCGGGGCAAGAACUUUCUGCUCGAGGGACGGCACGAGGGCCACGACGACGACGAGCACCACCUGCGCAUCGAGCACCACGCGACGGCGCCCGCCAUGCUCAAGGCCAUGCUGAGCCUCGGCGCCAGGGAGCGCGACGCGACGGCGCCCGAGGGAAACGAGACGCCCGAGGCGCGCGCCGUCGCGGAGCCGUCGCCGCGGCGGUCGAUGGGGCGCCAGCUCAGCCUCGGCGUCCUCGGCCGCUUCCUGCCGUCGCCC